GCGGCCUCCUGGGGCGCGGCGCUCGAGCAGGCUGGCGCGACGCACGCCGCGGUCUGGCGGCGCCUGCGCGCGCAGCCUGCGCGCCCUGCGGUGCGCUGGAUCCCCACGCACACUGAGCUCAAGCAGUUCCAGGAGCGCGGGUUGCACCCCCUCCUCUCCGCGGGGACCAUGUGGGCGGACUUCUUCGCGAAGGAGGGGGCCAGGGCACUCGCUGUCUCGCAGGGCUACGCUAACUUCUACGGGGUCGAGAUCGAGUGCCACAAGCAGAUCGCGGCCUACAUCGCGUGGGCCAUGCAGCGCAUGCUGUCCCGAACUGGCAGGGCUCCGUCGUGGGCACAGUACCUGCGCUCUCCAUGCAGCGAGAGCGAGGUGGCGAAGCUCAAGGCGGAUGCCAUCAUCGAGCACGUGGGGGCGGCGUGGGUCCAGGCGUCCGAGGGGGGCUCGUUCGCCAUGGCUGCGCUGGACGCGUCCCAGGGGCCGCUGGACCCAGGCGACCUGGCCGAGGCCCCGUCGACGCUCUGGGCCCUGGGCGACACGGCGGUCGACGUGCAGGGCCACCGCUUGCGCAGGGCUGGCCCCACCGUGUCCUGCCAGGUGUGUGUGGCCUGGUCGGGCAGCGGCGCGUCGAGAGCGCUGCUGGAGCCGUGCCGCGGCUUGCCCACUGGAGAGGGGCGUGAUGCGCGGACCUACCUGUCCAACCUAAG